AUGGUGGAUGAGACGGUGAAGAUGCGCAAAACGCGCAUAGUCUGCAUAUCAGAUACACACAACAAUACGCCAAAGCUUCCAGCAGGCGACGUGUUGAUUCAUGCCGGUGAUUUGACAAAUCAGGGCUCGUUUGACGAGCUUGAGCGGGCUGUGGCAUGGCUUGAGAAGACCGACUUCGAGGCCAAGAUUGUGGUCGCUGGCAACCAUGAAAUCACACUUGACGAGCAGUUCUAUGAGAAGAAAGGGGCCCGGUGGAAGUGGCCUGCUCCACAAAGCCCUCGAGGAUGUAUGAAGCUACUACGGGAGUCGAAGACAAUCACCUACCUGGAGAAUGAGUCUAUGACAGUGUGCUUGAGAAAGCCAGCCGGGCCACAUACGUGGUUUAGGGUGUUCGGGAGUCCGCGCACGCCUGGUCCUGGGAAAUGGGCGUUUGAAUAUCAGGAACAAGACGCCCAGGGUCUUUGGGCGGAGAUUCCAGACGACGUCGAUCUUGUGGUAACACACACACCGCCCAGAGGGCACUGCGAUGCUGCGACGAAGGAUGACCGGUCUGGAUGCCCUGCACUUUUACGAAGACUGGCUGAAGUCAGGCCGCUGCUGCAUGUAUGCGGUCAUAUACAUGAGGCGCGAGGAAUUGAGCGUGUGCGUUGGAGUCCUACCCACAGCGACAGCCUUGUCGAGAGCGUAGAGAAUUGGCACGACCCUGGAAGUGGCAACAAGAAGCUCUCACUACUGGAUCUGACGUCCAAGUCAGAGCGCCCUCUGGGUAAUAGCGCGAGUACGACACGUCAGAAUGCGCCUGACUCGCUGCAGCGUGGUGUCGGGGGUCAGCCUGGUGUAUCGAUGCCUGGAAUCGGGGUUCUUCAGCCUGACCAAGACAACCUAAACUCGACGUCAAGCCUCAUCGGAGGUGCCCUCCAAGGAAGUGAGGCGCUCGGGAGGAUUGAGGAUAGCGGGGUUGUGGUGGGGCAGAGACGUGGUGUUGAGCCUCCCAGGGCAGCCUUGCGAGGCGAUUCAGGCUUGGAAUCCAGAUCCUCCAGACAUGAAUGUCGUGUCGAGACUGCUGUCAUGAACGCCUCGUUUCUUGGGCCGAGAAUCGAUGGAAGGAUUACGGGUACCAGCAAGGCCAUUGUGGUCGACAUCGACUUGCCAGUGUGGAAAGCCAAAGCAGAUGGAUAUGUAUGA